ACAGUUGAGCCAUUAGAUGUUCUACAUGCCGCUUAGUUAUCUGUUGCAAGUUGUUUAGUGCGGAACAUUACUUUACAUUUGGUUGACGUGGAAAAAACAUAAAAGCAAUAGAGCACUUUUUAUUAUUAUUACUAUUUUUUUGCCUUUUUUUUUUUUGUUGUUUUUCAAACGAAAUUAAAUAAAACGGAGCGAGUGUGUGUGCGCGUGUUUGAUUUUUGUAAAGUGAGGUUAAAAGGCAAUGGCUACACCAGCUGAGCUUGCUCGCCUUAUUGACCUGCAUUUAGAUGAUUUACGUGACACGGAACCCAAAUGGUGUGUAGGUCAUUCCGAAGUGGCCGGUCGUGGUGUUUUCGCUACCGCAGACAUACCAGAAGGGGAAAUAUUAUUCCGUGAACGUGCUUUAGUUGUCGGACCGACAGCACGCAAAGGCUCAAUAUUGAAUACGUGCGUGUGUUGUCAUAAAUUGCUACCGGUCAAGGAUUUCCUUUGCAAACGUAAUUGCACGUUGCCUGUAUGUGAUGUAUGUUCCGAUUCCCAAAUACAUCGCGGCGAAUGCGAUUGGUUUAUACGUUGGCAGCCUAUGGAUUUAAUAAAGGAUGAUAGCUCCAUGACUGUUAAUCCUAUGUCAUUGCGCAUACUCACCGCUAUACGAGUUUUUCUAUUAAACACUAAUCAGCGUGCUUUAGUCAAUGCGAUGCAAGCGAACGCUGACCGCGGCUAUCGUCAGGAAAUUAUUAAAGCUGCGCAAUGUUUUCGCAAAUUUCCAACCACUGAUAAAACCUUUAUGGAUAAUUUAUUUCGCGUUGUCGGUGUUCUCAAUACAAAUGCAUUUGAGGCUCCCUGCCGUAAAGGUGAUCAUGACACCUUGGUUCGCGGCUUAUUUCCAUUGACGGCCAUAAUGAAUCACGAGUGCACACCGAACGCUAGUCAUUAUUUUGAUAAUGGAACUAUGGCCGUAGUACGGGCUGCACGUUUCAUUCCUAAAGGUGCCGAAAUAACAACUACAUAUACAAAAAUCUUAUGGAGUAAUGUUACACGAUGCAUAUUUUUGAAAAUGACAAAAGGAUUUAUAUGUGAUUGUAGUCGUUGUAAUGAUAAUACAGAAAAUGGCACUUAUUUGGCGGCUUUACUUUGCCGAGAACCGAAAUGUAAGGGACUGGUGUUGCCCAUUCAAACGAAGACUCUGCAACCAGAUUGGCAUUGUCUAACUUGCAAUACGAUAUUUCCUCAUGCUAAAAUGGCUCGCUAUCAGGAUUUUGCCUUAAAUACAAUUAAUAAUCGGAUCAAUACAAGCAGUGUCAGUGAUAUGAUUACAUUUAUUAAUGAAAUGUGCCCGAAAUUUUGUCCACCAUCCAAUUACGUUUUGGUUGAGGCGAAAUUGAAUGUUAUCUGGCGUAUGUCACGUUUCAAUAAAGAUGAAUAUACCGAAGAGCAAAAACAACAUCGCGAUCGUUAUCGCGUAGAAAUUUUAGAGAUAUUGAAGAAAUUGGGAGCGGGUGACUGUACUUUAAGAAAAUUGAUAAUGGAAGAAAUACAAUGAAAUUAAAAUGAAAUAAAUAAUUAACUGGCAGUAUUUCAUUAGCUGUGUAUGGUUUUAGUACAAAAACAAAAACAAAAUGAAAGCAAGCAAAUAAAUAAAGAAUCAAAUUUUAUU